AUGGCUUUCACUACCUCAAUCCUAGCUGAAAAGAAGAACAAGAUUUUGUUUAUAUUGGGUGCAACAGGAACUGGGAAAACUAAACUUUCCAUCAACUUGGGUACUCGUUACCCCGCUGAAAUCAUCAACUCGGACAAAAUUCAAGUCUAUAAGGGUCUUCAUAUUGUCACAAAUAAGGUGCCGGAAUCUGAACGUUGUUCGAUUCCGCAUCACUUAUUAGGCAUCAUCGAUGAUCCUGAAUAUGAUUUUACUAUGAACGAUUUUUGCAAGAACGUGCUUGAAUCCAUAGAUCUCAUAAUUGGCAAUGGACGCCUACCUAUUAUUGUAGGAGGGUCCAAUUCUUAUAUAAAAAAAUUGGUUGAAGAGCCAACCAUUGCUUUUCUUUCAAAAUAUGACUGUUUUUUCAUUUGGGUAGAUGUGUCUUUGCCUACUCUAUUUCAAUAUGUAGGGAAAAGAGUUGAUGAAAUGGUUGAGUCAGGGAUGGUUGAUGAGAUUCGAGAAUAUUAUGCACCUGGGGCAGACAACUCAAAGGGAAUUAGAAGGGCUAUUGGGGUUCCUGAGCUUGAUUCUUUUUUUCAAAUAGAAAAGAAAAAUGACAUUGAUGAUGCUCAAAAGGAAAAGAUAUUGGCCGAAGCUAUCAGAAAAACCAAACAGAACACUUGCAUAUUGGUUCAUGUGCUCACGCUUCAGAUCGGAAGCCCUUGA